UUCCACCCUCGCGAUACUUUAGGAGUUAAACAAUACACGCAAAAUAAUUUAUUUCCGUCAUUAAAAUACUUUGAUUUCCAAAGAAGAAAUGCGCAACUUACUAGUACUCUGAACUUGUUGCUCAUCAUUGUUUCCUGUUUUAAAUAAAUAUUUGAGGCUGUUUAGGGAAAACUUUUGUCCAUGAAUUGGAGCGCUUUUCAUGUAGUAUAAGGUGCUCCUCCAAUGGGCUGUGGGGCAAGUGUCGACGGAGAUUCCGAUUCACAGGCUUCUCUUGAAGAGUGGGAAAAAGUUCAAAGGCGACGUACUUCAGUUUUAUCAGAGGUAUCAGACGCAGAUUCUGAUUCGAGUAUAGGAGUAAGAAAGAAUUUGCAGGAUAUAGAUAUGAAAACUUCUGGCUUUCAGCAGGGAGCCAGUAUAGCCAUUGUGGAUGACUUGGCUUACCAUACAGCAAGAGACAGCAGCUCGAUGACUAACGCAUCAGAAGAUGAAGGCCUGUUUUUGGAUAACGACUUUCCUCCAUCUGAAACUACAUUAUAUCACAACAGAAGAGCCAGAGACCCUCAAAUCAUAUGGCUUAGACCUCAUGAACUUACUUUAAGGCCAGAGCUUUUGAUUGAUGGUGUAAGUCGACAUGACAUUGUACAAGGAGUUUUAGCUGACUGCUGGUUUCUUUCUUCAUGCGCUGCAGUUGCACAAAGGCCAGAUCUAAUGGAAAAGGUUAUACCAUCCAAUCAACCACUGAGCGGCGAAGGAUACAAAGGAAUUGUUACUUUUCGAUUCUGGAGGUUUGGUCACUGGAUAACUGUUUACAUUGAUGAUCUGUUGCCAACGAAGAAAAGGAAGCUUAUUUUUUCUCGAAGCUCAGAGCCUAGAGAAUUUUGGGUCUCAUUACUUGAAAAAGCAUACGCUAAGUUACAUGGCUCAUAUGAAGCUCUGGAAGGAGGUCAUGCCAUGGAUGCUCUAGUCGAUCUCACAGGAGGCUUGGCUGAAAUGUAUGUUUUAGAAACAGCGCCACCUCAUCUCUACAAUUAUUUAUUACAUGCUUCAUCAAAUGGCGCAUUUAUCACUUGUUCCAGGAAG